AAGAAAAUAGUCAUACUACAAAACACUAGUAAAGUUAUGUAAAGUUGGAAAGUAACUAGGGAUGUAAUAAUAACCGAAUAAGAAGGUGGAAAGAGACAAGAAGAUAGUGAAAGAAAAACAUUGAAUCAAAGCAAAAAGCUAUUUUCUCUCUCGAACCCCUAAAAGCUAUUCACGCAAGAAGACAUGGCUUCGCACACUUCCCCGAUUUUUAGUGACUAUGGUUUCGAUCCCCAAAUCGACUACUUCCAGGUCUUGGAAGAAGCGAGGAAGCACAAGAAAGAAACCUUGUCCAUGUCAUCCAUCGACAGUGUCCAUCAGUUCAAGCUCCAGAAACCUAUCUCCAAGGACGACCUGAUACGCACCGCUCUCCACAAGAAGGACAAGAAGAAGCACCGUUGGCUCUGGAAAAACGCUUUGCUCUUCUUUAACUGGCGGAAGUGGCGAAGACGCGGCGGCGGCGAGGGAGACGUUGAGUUCGACGUCCACGUGGCGAGGGCUAGGAGUUUUCGGGCUGCUUCUUCGAUGUCUGGUCCGGUUUACGUGACGGAGAGCUUGAGCGGUUCGAGCACGCCGUACCGGGCGAUAAGACCUCUUUCGUUGACGACGGUGACGCCAGUGGUUCCGUAUCUGAGUCUACGGGAGCUUAGCAUGGAGAGGCAGCAGAGGAUCAGUGCCUCUUCUAUGUCCGGUCCUCUUUACUUGGUCACGUGAUAUAGACGUCAAUUUGCAGAGAGUAUUAUCUUUUUAGGAAAAAAUGAUCACGGGGAUGGAAGAAAAAGAAAAUAUUUAAUUCGAUAUAUUUGGGGAUGUAUUGUGUGAGUUAUUUUGAUUUAUAAAAAAAACUCUAAAAUUUAGGAGAACGCCUAUAGGCCCCCUAUUAGUUUUUACUUUAA